AUGGCGUUCUAUUUUUAUGCUCCUCCAUCAUUGGUAUUUGGUGGUACCCCAACGCUAGGUCGAGGGUGGAGAAGUAUUUUGCGUUUCCCAGCUGGUACAAAAUUUCUAACCCUCACAAUUUCUGAACCAACGUUCCUGGAUAAGGAGUUACAAUAUCUUAAUCAGAUCUUGACUAGGAAUGGGUACAACAGCAAGAACAUUAAUCAGAUAACUAAGAGAUUGAAGAACAAGAUCUCCAGUCCCAACGACACCAAAAAUCUGGAUAAAGAAAGAAAAAAGAAAAUGACGGUGAUCCUUCCGUAUCUUCAAGGUACAACAGAGCGCAUAGGCAGACUUUUGAGUAAGCAUAACAUCAGAGUAAUCUUCAAACCCCGGAAGAAAAUUGCUCAAUUACUCCCUAACUCCAAGGAUCAAAGACCAAGCCUGGAAAUUCCAGGUGUGUACAAGACAUCUUGCGUCUGCAGAAAAGUGUACAUAGGAGAAACCGGGAGAAAAAUCAGUACAUGGAUCAUGCAACACCAGAGGUGUGCCAAAUACAGCCACUUUUCACAAUCAGCUUUGGCGGAACAUUGGAUGGAGACUGGACAUGCCGUACAGUAUGAUAAGUCUACCAUGUUGGCCCCGUCACAAGGCUACUUCGCCAGAAAAUAUCGGGAAGGUCUGGAAAUCUUAAAACAUCCUGACAACCUCAACCGCGACAAAGGCCUUCAAGUAAAUCCUAUUUGGCAUACCGUUUUCCCGGGUUUUUUAAUUUACCGGCCAGUCAAUCAAAACGCUCCGAUUGGCUGA